UAGUAACAUGAGCGCACAAUAGCAAUCCACCACCACUACAAGUGGAGGUAGUCCACAAGAUUGGCAUCUGCUAAAAGUUGUUUUGUCUUUUACUAUACAAUUGAACGACACAAGUUAUUUUUUUAUGACAAAUAGCAGCCAAUUGAAAUUAGGCGAAAACUUACUGGCGUGCUUAAAAUGGCAAAACUUGUACCACGCGAGAUGGUUUUCGGUCUCUUCCUAUGGAUUCACAGUGUGUUCGCAGACGUGACAUUUACGUCUAACUUCUCCAUGGACAACGAAGUGCACUCCAGCUUCAUCCAGCGGCGGCUGCGGAGCCAGGAGCGCAGAGAGAUGCAGCGGGAGAUCCUCUCCAUCAUGGGGCUGCCGCACCGCCCGCGACCCCACGACCACAACACACAAAACGCAGCCGCACCUGUGUUCAUGAUGGACUUAUACAACACCAUCUCUCUGGAUGCCCAACUUCCCGGCUAUUCAUAUUAUAAGGCCCCAGAGUACACUACGCAGGCUCCGCCGAGGGGGACAACGCAGGACAGUCGUUUACUCGAUGACGCGGAUAUGGUGAUGAGUUUCGCGAAUCUUGUAGACGCGGAUCAGGAAGGACAUCGCCAUGGCAACCACAGACGGGAGUACCGCUUCGACCUGUCCCGCAUCCCAGAGGGCGAGGCGGUGACGGCGGCCGAGUUCCGGAUCUACAAGGAGUACAUCCGGGAGCGGCAGGAGAAUGACACCUUCAGCGUCAGCGUGUUCCAGGUCCUGGCAGAGCCCCCCUACGGGGAGCGGGAGCUGUUCCUCCUGGACCAGCGGGUGCUGUGGGCCCCAGAGGAGGGCUGGCUGGUGUUUGACCUCACCACCACCAGCAACCACUGGCUGAUGCGCCCCGAGUACAACCUGGGCCUGCACCUGGUGGUGGAGGACAGCAGCGGCCAGCGGGUGAGCCCCGGGCUGGCCGGCCUGGUGGGGGGCGGCGGGCCCCAGGAGAAGCGGCCCUUCAUGGUGGGCUACUUCAAGGCCAGCGAGGUGCGCAUGCGCAGCGUGCGCUCGGCCCACGGGGGCAGGGGCCGCCACGGGGGCCGCGGCCGCGCCCAGAAGACCCCCCAGGACGCCUUGAGGGCAGCGGAGGCAGCAGCAGGUAACCUCAGUAACAAAAAACAGGGCUGCAAGAAGCACGAGCUGUACGUCAGUUUCAGAGAUUUGGGAUGGCAGGACUGGAUCAUAGCUCCGGAGGGCUAUGCAGCAUACUACUGUGAAGGAGAGUGUGCCUUCCCGCUCAACUCCUACAUGAACGCCACCAAUCAUGCCAUCGUCCAGACUCUGGUCCACUUCAUCAACCCGGAGACGGUGCCCAAGCCCUGCUGCGCCCCCACCCAGCUCCACGGCAUCUCGGUGCUCUACUUUGACGACAGCUCCAACGUCAUCCUGAAGAAGUACCGCAACAUGGUGGUCAGAGCCUGUGGCUGUCACUGACCCCCGCUGCCGGCUGUCACACUCUGCGUCCCCCGCGUCCUCCCUCCACUUAUGAAUGACUUUGGGGGAUUGACCGGGCAUGGAGUACAGACACCGGCGUUCAGGGCUGGGUUGAUGAUACGGCAGCGGACAGUAGGAACUGCCGCCGUGGCUGGAUCUAGGGGGGCGUGCGAGGACAAUCGCCCGUUGUUGGGCCCAACAUACCGUAGGAGUCUCUUUGUGUUGGUGCUUCCUCCCGGUGUGAAGAUUCGACACCGCUCUGGUGAACUUUAACCCGUGUCUCGGGACUGCAGACCCACCAGCACACAGUCUUGGCGAGAGGCAACAGACCCGGCGUCAGAGGACCAAGUGGAGGGGCGCGAUCUUAAACAGGACGGUUGUUUACAUGUGUUGGCCAACUCGACUCGUGGUCGAAUGCCAUUGGCUAUUCAAGUCCUUCUUGAAGUUUACGGAUCUCCUUUCAGCAAUCAGAAUAAUGUCGGAUAUCUAAACACUGUCAUUGUUCACAAUAAUUUUGUUGACACUUACAGGGAGCAAAACGGGGCCACCGAGUACCGUCUUUGGCUGAGACGCACACCCAUGUACCCACAUAGUGCUCGGCCUGGCUAUAGACCCCAUUUUGAAGGCGUCAAUAUAUGUUGAUGUUAUCUGGUGUGUUCAUUCAAGCCACUGAUUAUAGAAAAAAAACAUUCCCUGGCUUUAAAACUGAACAUAGUCAAAGAAGUUGAAGGUAAUAUAAAUACAAAGCUCAUACAUUUCUCCAACGAGUGCACAUUUUGGGAUUUGACUUCCUGUCGUAAAUAUUUACCUACAGACCUCUCUAUCGGCAACUGGGCUGCCCUGAUCUGAUAACCACCCAAACUAUUAAGAUGCCUUAGGAUUAUCUUGUGUAUUUAGCCUCUUUAGUAAUGCAAGAACAAAUAUUGGAGAAGUAAUAGAUGAUAUUAUGUAGCAGGGGAGGGUGGCUUUACCCGACUUUUUACAUAUAUCAUGUCCAAGAAUGCAUUACUGGCUGCGUUGACUGAAUACCUAAAAUACAUAAAAUAUACAAAACCUAUUCAAAACUGAAUCAUAAUACAUAUUUCAUGUUUUUAUUGGGAGCGGAUGUUUGUGGAAGCAGUGCAGGGUGAACAGGGGGAAUACAUUUGCCGGGGAUUUUAUGGGGAUAAUAGACGGAGAAGUCAGUUCAGUCGUUGAGCUGUGAACCGGUGGAUAAGUAAUUCAGACUGACAUUUAUUGGCCACGUGAAUGAAGGAAUUCCACUGAACCCACACUGAUCUAGACACAGGAAACCUUCUGUCAAAUAAAGCUGGGUGAGGAGAAUGA